AUGUAUAAAAAAAAUCGUUCUGGUGUUUGGAAUUAUAUGGACAAAGAUCCGAACACUCCAGGUCAAAUUCAAUUAUUGGAAGCUAAUAAAUUAGCAACACUAGUAGAAGAGGUUGAUGACAUAAAUGUCUUCAACGAACCAUCGACGUCUACAAAUUCUACAGCAGUGACUCAUUAUGAAGACAGUACUGUACAGAUACAAGGACCACCUCCCAAAAGACAAAAACAAUUGACACUAAUGAAUAGGUUUAGCUUACCACCUGACAGUAAAGUAGACCAAUUCAACAAAGCUGUGGUUGAAAUGAUUGCAGAAGAUAUGCAACCAUUAUCUAUCGUAGAGAACAGUGGAUUUCAAAGACUUAUUAAUCUACUUGAUUCGCGUUAUAAGUUGCCCAGCCGCAAACUUAUUGGAACAACUCUUAUACCAAAUUUGUAUGAAUCGACCCGUAAAAUGAUUGAAACUAUUUUGUCUCAUACAAAAUAUGUAUCACUUACAUCAGAUAUCUGGACUUCAUUGAAUACAAUAUCUUUUAUAACUGUAACUGUACAUUUUUUUGACAAUAAUUUUAAUUUAAAAACAUAUGUUCUAACUACAAGAAAACUGGAAUCCAACCAUACGGCACAGUACUUAUCUGGAGUACUAACAGAUAUCAUUAGAGAGUGGAAAAUAAACACUAAAGUUGCAGCAAUCGUAACAGACUCUGGUGCAAAUAUUAAGGCAGCAAUAAAAUUACUUGGAAUUGACCAUAUUCCAUGUGCUGCUCAUAAAUUAAAUAAUGCUGUGAAAAAUGCAUUGAAAAGUGAAUUUGAAGAAAAUGACAUUGACACAAACCAUACUGAAGAAGUAGAAAUGAUGAAGCUGGUUAAAAUGUGUCGUUCUAUUGUUGGGCAUUUCAAGCAUAGCGAGGUAUCAACUAGAAUUCUUCAUGAAAAACAGAAACAACUUAAUUCUCCUGUUUUAAAGUUAAAACAAGAUAUAGCAAUUCGUUGGAAUAGUACACUAACUAUGAUGGAACGUUUGCUACUAGUUAAAGAACCUCUGAUGCUGGUUUCAAUGGGUUUACCACGAUGUCCAAACAUGCCAUCAAAUGAACAGUGGCAAACCAUUAAUGAUUUUGUUAUACUUUUAAAACCAUUUGAAAGUUUAACAAUACAACUAUCAUCAGAACAAAGACCAACUUUAUCAAAAGUUAUUCCAUUAUUAAGAGGUUUAUUAUUAUCCGUUAAUAAUAAGGUUCCAGUUACAUUAACAGGACAGUUUUUGAAAAAAAAACUACUUGAACAAACAACAAAACGAUUUGAUAAUAUUGAAGAAAUGUAUCCAUCACAAUUCUAUGCUAAAGCUACUUUAUUAGAUCCCCGAUUUAAAAAAGCUGCAUUUACAUCAAAUGAUAAUGCCAAUGACGCUGAACAAGAAGUGCAAAAAGAGAUAGCAGACUGCAUCAAAACUAAUGCUCCUGAGAAAACUGUACUUGAACCAAGUGUUACUCAGACCACUUUGACACCAGAACAACUUGAACACAACAGUCAUUCCAAAGAACAAGAAAAUUUAUUAACUUAUUUAGAAACAACAGUCACCACACUUCGGUCCCAGACAACAUAUACCAGUACAGCAAUGACAUUAUUCAAACAACAGAUGUUAGGUGCAUUAUGUGACGUAGCUUUAAAAUACUCUUGUAUACCUGCCACAUCUGUACCAUCGGAAAGAGUAUUUUCCAAAGCAGGUCAAAUAGUUAGUGCCAGACGAAAUCGGUUAUUACCAGAUAAUGUGGAUAAACUAAUAUUCUUAAAUGCUAAUUUAAAAAAAUAA